AUUUCGGGAAAUUCACUUUGCCUCUAAUUUGCCAAAAAUUAGAGAUAUUUAGCAACCAACAAAUUCGGAUUUUGACGAUGCAAGAUACGGCGAUGUCGUCAGAGUACUCAUUCUGUAGCGAGGGCGGCUUCGACGAACUCUCGAGCUCCUCCGAUUCUGGUUUCGAUGUUAGCUUCGAAUCGCCGAAGCACGAAGUACCAGCCGACACUCUGUUCCCUCCGAUUAAAGAAGAGAAGCGCAAAAAAACUCGGAAUACUCGUUGCAAAAGUCCCACGCAGGUACUCAAAUUAAAGAGGAACCGGCGGAUGAAGGCGAACGACCGCGAGCGUCACAGAAUGCACACCCUGAACGACGCCCUGGAACGUCUGAGGAUGGCCCUGCCGACCUUCCCCGAGGACACGAAGCUCACGAAGAUCGAGACGCUCCGUUUUGCGCACAACUACAUCUGGGCGCUGUCGCAGACCCUGGGCAACUCCGAGGACGGCGAGAUCACGGUGAACGUCGGCAACGUCACCGUCAGCAUCACCGAGAACGGCAACAUGAUCACCUCGUCGAGCGGAAGUUGCGCGGUGGCGGCGCAGAAGAGGCUCGGGCCGCAGCAUACCGCAGGCUUCCCGUAUCCACCUCAGGAGCGAUUCGUCGCGCCGGAAUGGCAGGAGUACGAUUGCUACAGCGAUCAGAGCGUGAGUCCGCCGAUGCAGUAUCCGCCCUGCUACGAUCAGAGGAUGUACCAGGUCCACCGUCCUCAGCAUCAGCUAGCGCCGCCGCUUCAUCAUCACAUGCCCCAUCACAACAACAUGUAUCAGUGUCUUUAGACGUCAAAGUGUAAAUGAAUUCUUAAUGGCUUGAGCGAGAGAGAGCCGGUUUCUUCAGCGUUGUGAUUAUCUCUAUUCCCGCUCAGAAUCAGCCCACAUCUCUGUCUACAAAUAAUGAGAGAAAUAGAGAGAGAGACACAGUAAUGAUUAUCGCUUGGAUAACCUAAUCAAAGAAUUAACCAGAGGAAGAAAUUGAGCAUAACUACUUAUAGCUGAAGAGUGUUUUCUUUUCUUUCCAAAGAGCUGACGUGAUUGUAAAAAGAAAGGACAGUGCUAUGACUAUCGUUAUCUACUUUAUAAGAGAGUAUUUUAUUCUAGAAGAGUAUCGAAUCGCUUUUACGGUGUAAGUCGAUUAGAAUAGGUCUUUAAUUCUGCUUUUAAUCCUCAAGCAUAUUUUGCUGUAUAUCAAUCAAAAAGAUGAUAAAGCAAAUUAUAUAAUCAAGAUAAAAGAUAAUAUUUUUACAAGAAUAGCGGUUUUAUUUUAAAAUUAAUAAAAAGAAACUCUUUUUAUGCUAAUAUUAGAAGCAGUUUAAUGUUUCAAUGUGGAAAAGAAGGAAUAUGUUGGAUUUACCAAUAUAUUUGAAAAUUAAUUAUAGAUAAUUAAU